UCUCCCCCAUCCGUUCUCUUUCUCUAAAAAACCCCAACCUCUCUCUCUUCUCUCUCUCAUCCUCAAAAGUAUGGCUCAGAAGAGAGAGAAAGAAGAAACCGAGCUCAAAGUUCCUGAAACCCUAACCUUAUGCUCACCGCCUAUCACCGUCGCAUCCUCCACCAUCUCCACUUCAGACGACCGUAAACCGCUACCGGAAAUACCAGAUCUAACGUCCGGUGUCACCGUUGACUUUAGACCAACCUCCGCCGCCUCGCCGGAAACCUCAGAUCUGUCUAAAAAACGCCGAUCGGAGGCGGUUGAGCCGUUGAGCAACAGCGCGUGCAUCAGUUCUAAGCGGCGCGUGGUGAAUCGGUGCUCUGGUUGCAAGCGAAAAGUCGGAUUGAUCGGAUUCCGGUGCCGUUGCGGAGAAAUGUUCUGCUCCGAACACCGUUAUUCCGAUCGACAUGUCUGUAGCUACGACUACAAAGCCGUCGGACGUGAAGCUAUCGCGCGCGAAAAUCCGGUUGUUAGAGCGGCAAAGAUUCUCAAGGUGUAAAAUACGAUUAGAAAACGGAAACCGAAACGACGUCGUUCGGAUAAUCGAUUCGUUGCGUCUUCGCAUGUGAAAAUAUGACGCCAAAGGUUAGGAACAGAGAAGAAGUGAAGGUAGGUGUGCUGACGUCACGAGAGGCGGUUGGGGAAGAAGGGGUGGUUGUGAAAUUUGGUGAAAGUUGAGGGGUGUAUUUGUUAAUUGAUUAUAUAUGUUUUAGUGUAAUGUAAUGUUAUAUUAUAUGAUCUACGGUGAUGAAUUUUUUAUUAU